CUAGCAUGGGGUGAAAAUACGGGGUUGUUGACCGCUGAGCUGAUGGCGGUUAGAAAAUUAUGUUAAAUUAUUUAACGUUGUUUGAACGAAUUACACGUCAUUUUAAAUUAAAUUUGAACUUGAAACUUGAAAACAUUUUUGUUGUUAAGUGAAAGCCCGACUACCUAUACAUAUAAUGUAAAUGGCAUUUUUUUGUAGGCUAUAAAUGAUUUUAUUGCUUUUAUUGAUUUAGUGUCUGUAAAGGGAAACCUAGUAAAUUUACUUUGGAUCUUACAGAAAUGAAGAGAAAAGGAAGUAUAUACAGUUUUUUCACACCAAAGAGGAAGGCCAGAGAAAUAGACAAUGAACUGAGCGAGGCAGACAUAGGAGAUGAGGUGGAAGGCCAGAGAGAGGAUGAAGAUGAGGUGGAAGGCGAGAGAGGAGACGUUGAAGGAGAAAGAGAUGACAAGCAUGAGGUGGAAGUAGAGGGUGAAGAUAAAGAUGAGCUGGAGGGAGAGAGAGAAGAGCAACAAAAACGUAACAUAGAUGACCAGGGACAGGAGGAGGUGGGAGAACAUUUGGAGGAAGGAAAGCACCACCAAAAAGAGAAAGCAAAGAAACAGCAAAGUGAAAGGGAAAGAACAGUGCCUGAGCCAUCACCAGCAACCUUCAGUAGAGCUGGUCCACAUGAUGUAUCUAAGUCCAGAUGUGAAGUACCAACACAGCCAAAGAGAGAGAGUUUCCCAAAGACUCUCCAGGGAGGAGCCAGGAGAAGCUUCCGGAGUGAGUGGUACCAAGCUAACCCUUGGUUAGAGUAUUCUCAAUCCAAGGAUGCAGCCUACUGUUUUGCCUGUAGGCAUUUUUCCCUCCCAGACACUCCCAAGACUGUGUUUACUUCAUUUGAUGGAUAUCGAAAUUGGAAAAAAGCCACAAUGAAAGACAGUGGUUUUGCUUCACAUGCAAGAUCUGAAUGCCACAUCAAUGCAAUGUUUGCAUGGACAGAAAACAAAAAAAACAUGGAUAAAAACAGCUCAAUGUUUGGGAGAAUGGAUGAACAAAAAAAGAAGCAGGUGGCUGAAAAUCAGCACUACAUUAAAACACUUGCUGAAAUUUUAGUUUUAACAGUCACAGAAAACAUAGCGCAGAGGGGUCACAGGGAGUCUCAAGACUCAGAACAAAAGGGUGUUUUUCUGUCUAUGCUAGACCUACUGGGUAACCAUGACCCAAUCAUUAAAAAAAGACUUGAACAACAUGCAAAAAAUGCAAAAUACACAAGUAAAACAAUACAAAAUGAAAUCCUUGAAUGCCUGGCUGCAAUGGUUAAGGAAACAAUCAUACAGGAGGUUAAAACGAGCAAGCAGUUUUCAGUUAUUGUUGAUGAAACUAAAGAUGUUCAGAAAAAGGAGCAAAUGUCAUUUGUUUUGAGAUAUUAUUAUAAUGGUAUGGUUCAUGAGAGUUUUUUGGAGUUUGAUGUGGCAGAACACUUGGAUGCUGCUGCCUUAAGCUGUAAGAUUAUUAACUUCCUUGAGAGGCAUGGGCUGCAGUACAAGAAAAACCUUGUGGGCCAGGGCUAUGAUGGUGCAGCAGUGAUGCGCGGGGCACAUGCAGGUGUCCAAGCAAAAAUAAAAGAAGUAGCCAAACAUGCCUUCUAUGUUCACUGUAGUGCACACUGCUUAAACUUAGUUAUAGUGGACACUGUAAAAAGUGUGCCAGAUGCAGGAAACUUCUUUUCAUUGUUGGAACGAUUAAAGGUCCUGAGUGACUCCAAAUUUUUGUCAGACAUGCUCCAGUCUAAAACAGUGGACUAUGCUAAGGCUGUUGAGCUUAUUGAAGCACUCAAAGAGACAUUGCUGCAGUCCUUUCUGGUAAACAGCUCAGUUCUUGAGAAAAAUUUCAGUCUGGGUUCAGGUCUUGUCACAUUGCUAAAGCUGCACCUUAUUGUGUUGUCUGUUGACGCCAAAUGUCCGGUUGCCUUGGUGCUGUUGGACCUUACAGCAGCCUUUGACACGAUGUCACGCCUGGAGCGCUACGCUGGCAUCCAUGGCACCGAAGGGGUUCAGGUCAUUUUUGUCCAGUAG